AUGGACAGCUCCGUGUGGUGGCUUUGGUAUCUCCUUCUAUGGAAAGUGGCUAUUCCAGCGAUGCGCGUGCUUCAAGAGGAGCCCUUUCCAAACACCUGUGAGGGAGGACAAUUGUCUUUGACAGGGAGAUACAAGGUGUCGUCUCAGAUCACGAUCACCGAGAAGUGCCGCGUGGUGGGCUCCCAAGCCACCGUGGUGGUCGAGGAAGAGAUCCUCUUCAAAAAGGAUGUUCGCUUCAUCGGCUCCAUCCGCUUUGUGGGCCAGGAGCACCGUGGGCCACAGGCCCGAUGUCUCGAAGUGGAGGGUCGCCUAGCCUUUAUGCUGGCCGCAGUGACCUUUGAAGGUUGUGGUGGGCCAGAGACUGAAGAUGGAGGAGGGAUCUACGGUGGGAGCGAUGUGACAUCCUUCCGGAGUAACAUCACUUUUGAGAGAUGCCAAGCAAUUGAUGGAGGAGGCCUUUUCGUUGGACAGAACUUCAAGAGUUCUUCAUCCACCUUUGAGUUCAAGUCUUGCGAGGCGCAUUACUCUGGAGGAGGCAUGCUUGUGAAGGGCAACGUGACCCUGGCCUCAUGGGCAAUUGCUCGAUUCGAGUCUUGCAGGGCGACUGACACCUCGGGGCAUGGCCUUGGGGGUGGUGGGCUUGCGGUGUCCGGUGACAAAUUCACCGCAAGUGGCAACAUAUCCUUCCACAACUGUAGCGCUUUUGCCGGUGGAGGUCUGUCCAUGCCAGCAGCAAAUUCUGUCCUGGCAAACACGGGCGGCAUCAUAGCAGCGAAGGAUUGCCGGGCACAGACCAAUGGCGGUGGAUUGCUGGUGAGCAGCCUACGUCAAGCGAAGCGGGCGCACAUGGACUUCCAGAGUUGCUUUGCAGGGCAGUCAGGAGCUGGCAUUGCCAUGCAUUGGAAUGGUCGUCUCAGGGGCACGACCCGCUUUGUGGACGGACACGCAGUUGUCCAAGGGGGAGCGAUCAGCGCGCAGACCCUGGAAGUUGAAGGGCGCAUGGAGAUCAGGAGGUCCAGGGCCUUUGAAGGGGGCGGCAUUGCUCUCACCCACAAAAUGAUCAUGAGCAAAGGGGAUGUGUAUAUGGAAAAGUGCUUUGCCCAUACUCGCGGCGGUUGCAUUUUUGCAAUAAGCAUGGUAGUUGCGAGUGGAAAUCUCGAUCUGAAGGAGGCCUCAGCAAUGCACACUGGCGGCGCUGUGUUUGUGCAAGGCAUAUUCAAACAGUUGGAUGGUCGCAUUGCCGUGGCCAAUUCCUCGGCCGCCUUGGGCGGGGGCAUUCGAUGCUCUUGGUUCCUUCAGUACAAGGGGCUCUUGUCCGUUGAAGACACGAUCGCCAGAGAGACAAACAUCAGUAAGUUAUAUGCACAAGGAGGAGGAAUAUACAUGCAUGGUGGACUGGGACAAGCGGCGGGGGGAGAGAUUCUGAUUCGCAACUCCACUGCUGGACGCCAAGGAGGAGGUGGAAUACGAGCUACUAUGAUUAUGACCGUCGGCAAGUUAACCAUGGAAGCUGGUCAUGCUUCCAAAGGUGGAUGCAUCACAAUCUCUCAAAAACGUCCAACUUUGGACAGGUUGUCCCGAUUCAGCCUGGCCAAGUUCUUGAACACCCUCGUCGAAACCACAGGGUACGAUAGCAAGGAGGUGAAUGAAUUAAAGGAACCAGGCGAAAAUCGGGUCGCCAUUUUGGGAACCACACGCUUCAAAGGGUGCAAUGCCGACAUUGGCGGUGCCAUCUUCUCCCAAGGGACAGUGCACUUGGGAAAGGUCGACUUCUUUGAUUCCUACGCCUCUGGUGUUUCUGGAGGCGCUGUCGUUUAUGCCCUGGCCGUGUAUUUUCACACCGACACCACCGUGAAGAACUGUAGGACGCCGAAAGGAUCUGUGUUUUCUGCGAAGAAGAUCUUGAGGAUGAAGAACGCCACCUUCCAGGAUUGCUCGUCACCACAAGCAGCUGCUGACCUCCUGAUUGCUGAUCACCUGGUCGUGUCCGGAGGCAAUGGGGCUGCCUUCCUUGCUCCGAACAGGACGGUGAAGUAUUUGGAGUGCGACAACGGCCUUGAAGGACAUGUGGAUACGUACGGAACAGCAUGCCGCCAGUGCAGGACUGGGCACUUCCAGUUGCAGGGAGGGCCCAAAAUCUUCAACAACAGCGUCAUUGAAGGCCACCCAUGUGCCAAGGUGCCAUUGGCGACUGUGGAUGUGACUGACGGUCGACUGACUUUGAGGCCUGGCUGGAUGGUGCACCCGCAGAACUUCUCGGCGAGCCUCCACUGCCCCAAUGAGAGGGCGUGCCCUGGUGGUAACAUCACCCAAACCGGUUUCGAAGGCAUGUGCGAAGUUGGCUACGAAGGUCCUGGCUGCGUCAGUUGUGUUUCGACCACCCAUGGCCGCGAAUCCGGCGAUCCCUUCAAUCCUGGGUCGGAGAAAGUCUUGCUGUGGACCGAGUUGGGGCAUUUCAGACAUUGCUGA